AGUUUGGUUAUGUUCGCAUUAACAGUGGAGUGUUUUUAAGAAAGUUAAAAGUACAAUGAAUAUAGUAUUACCAGAAGAAUCGCAACAAGAUGCCUCGUCGGCGGAAGAAACGAGUCUGUUAGUAAUAAUUUUAGACAGUAAUCCGGGUCAAAAAAUGCUCAGGGAAAGUCCCCAUGUUCUCACCCACUGCGUGGAUUCGGUGAUAGUUUUCGCAAACACUCAUUUAAUGCAAAAAGUUCAAAACAAGCUAGCUAUAAUGGCGUGCCAUUCGAAGUCGAGCCAAUUCAUAUACCCCGAUCAAGGUAAACAUGGCGAUAUAAGGCAAGUAGACGGGCAAUACGAGGCAUUUACGGCCGUUGAGAAAAUCACUAAGAAGAAUCUGGCCAAGGUGCUAACUUCAGACGGAUCAGCUGUGAUAACGGAAUCUCUUCUAGCCGGUGCUAUAGCGAUGGCUCUUUGUUAUAUCGCUCGAUUGCAACGAACAAAACCGCCAGGAGCGAAGUUAAACUGCAGGAUUUUAGUGGUGACGGGAAGCAGCUGCUCCACGUCUCAAUACAUGAAUUACAUGAACGUGUUUUUUACAGCGCAAAAACAGAACGUUGUUAUAGACGUUUGUGCGUUAGAUCAACAUUUGAAUUUGCUGCAACAGGGCUGCGAUAUAACUAAUGGAUUGUACCUCAAGGUGCCCCAGUUGCAGGGGUUGUUGCAGUACAUGAUGUGGGUUUUCUUGCCGGAACCGCCGAUUAGAGAGAAAUUGGUUCUACCACCGCCGCUCAAAGUCGAUUACAGGGCAGCGUGUUUUUGCCACAGGCAAUUGAUAGAUAUCGGAUACGUUUGUUCGGUGUGUUUAUCGAUUUUUUGUAAAUUCAGUCCAAUUUGCACUACAUGCCAUACCGUCUUCAAGAUGCCAGCUCUUCCUGCCGUCAAGCCAAAGAAAAGGAAAAAAAUGUAAACUGGAUUACAGCUCGUAUAAUAGGAUUAAAUAUAUUUUUUACUAUUAUAGUAUUCAUUUUUAUGCGUGUAUGAAAUUUUGGUAUCUAUCGGUCAUUAUUUCAAAAGAGAGCUAAUAGCUACAAUUGUAAUUUAUUCUCUAAAUACGUCAAAUUGGGGAAAAAAGCGAACCUUAACUUGUACACAGAGAAAAUUGCACCGUUAUUAUUAUAUAUACAUCAGUCGUACUAAAAACGUACCGUAAAAAUAAAGAACCUAACUAAAAUCGAACAGCUCUAAUCUAGAGAAUACAAAAAGAAAAUCGAGCAAACAACGAGAGAAAAGUCGCCGGCAAAUUAAUUUACAAACAAUAUAAUUGUUACUUUUAUACACUUUCCGAAUGAAAUUAUCUCGUUUUAUCGGCGGUAUGUAAAACUUUCGCCAAGAGGAAUCCUAGCGCCGUGACGGCGGCCAAACUGACGCCCGCCUUCCACCAAACCGGCGUCCCAGCUGCCAGCACGCCGAAUUCGCGGAAAUUCCUGCAAAAACACACAAGAAAAUUACCGAAUUUCACCGAUACGAUUUCGCAAUGGAACGUUACACGCAAAAGCAUUCGAGAUAUAGUGUAGUUACCGAUAGAAAAAACGAUUACAUGCGAGUAUACAGUUAAUAAAUUUGAUCGAGUAUUUUUAGAUUUUGCAAUUUGUGUUACGAAUUUGAUAAUCAACUAUUUUGCUUCACUACUAUUAACUAUUCCACAGAAUUUUGUUUGUAAAUUCAAUCGAUACACAAGUGUUAGUAAUGGUUGCCAAUUGGAUUAGUAAAAAAUAGGACAUUCCAGAAAAUAUAUACAAUAUAGAUAUAAUAGCAACCUGCAAAAAUGAUCUAACCACUCAGUCGGUUGGGGACGAACUAGUAACGCAUGUACCAUGCGACGUAAUGGACUGCAAAAUAAAAAAACACCAUGUAUAUUUGCUACACGAUAGUGUACGUGUUAACUAGAAACAUAUCUAAGUGUUUAGUUCUGGCUGUUCAAUUCGAAGGACAUUACACUUAUAUUAAUAUUAAUCGUAUCUUACAAACCUGUGUUUGUAGAAUAAAACCCAAGCGGCUUGAAAACGACUAAGGGAAAAUAUUAACAUUUCUACACGGAUAAAAUUAAAUAUACUUACGGAAAAGCUGCCAUGGUUGCCAGUUUAACGUACACGUCCUUCCUGUGGUGGCCUUUUGCUGAGAAUUUCUGCGGCGGCAGGAUUUUGUACUUUUGACAAAAACUCUCCGGUUGAAGUAUGUACUCUUGCUUCACCUCGUCCAAAUCGUCCUUACACGCAACUAUCAACACUGGUAUCUUACUUUCAGCGAAAUAUUUCUAAAAAAAUUACAAGUAAGAAUAAAUAAAUUAAAGAAAUAUUGAAUAUUUCGUACGAUGUAUAUCCUAGCGAUGUAUUCGAACGAUACCGGAUUGUUCUGAUCGAAUAUCAAACAAGCCACGUCGCAUUGUACCUCGUUGGGCAUCAACGGAUCGGAUAUACUCUUCCCUUUUAUAUCCCUAAACACCAUUAUUUUCUCCUGCCCGUACACUUGAAUGGAAUUCACAGUGUAAAUCGGCGUGCCGGUUUUAUCCGAUUGCAAUUUAUUCGCCUGGAAAACAAUCCAUAAUAGAGAGAAACGCAGUUAAAAGCGACAUAUUCACCUCUAAAAUCGGCUUAAUGAAAUUCCUACAAAACGUCGAUUUUCCAGAACCCGGCGCGCCUAUCACGUGACAUUGAUACACGUUCCUACUGGAUUGUCUCUUCGCCAAAUCCGUCUUCUUAUCUCUCGUAACUACAAACAUAAAUUACAAAAUUUCCUCUACACGUUAUAAGCGAAUAACGAACCUUGUACGGCCGUCACUUGGCUAUCGUUCUCGUACACGUUGUACCCCAAAUAAGCCAAAUAUUCGAAGGUCCUCGCCAGAUCCGUGAGCGUCAUCAACGCCCAUUUGCACAUAAAACCCUGAUAGGUGAUCCAGCCUUUGUCGUUGGUCGAUACCGUGGAGGAGACGUCGAGGGGCCAAGCGGGCGUCGGACACGUCGAAAACAACUCCUCGUACUCCUCCGGCGACAGACACUUGUCCCUGUCUUUGUCGUACCGCUCGAACAAAUGGGCGAGAAACUGCUGGCCUCUGUACGAUAACUCCGUCG